AUGGAGUGGAGAAAGUGUUAUUUAGAUGUGAUACUUGUGCCGUUGGGUUUGUUGAUAUGCAUGGGAUAUCACGGGUGGCUGUGGCAUAAGGUGCGCACUCAGCCCUUAUCAACCAUCAUCGGAACUAACGCACACGGCCGUCGUUUCUGGGUGGCCGCCAUCAUGAAGGACAACGAGAAGAAGAACAUCCUAGCGGUCCAAACCCUGCGGAACACGAUAAUGGGUUCGACCCUUAUGGCCACCACCUCCAUACUCCUGUGCUCCGGGCUGGCGGCCGUCAUCAGCAGCACGUACAGCGUGAAGAAGCCACUGAGCGACGCAGCCUUGUACGGGGCUCACGGGGAGUUCAUGGUGGCCCUCAAGUACGUCUCCAUCCUCACCAUCUUCCUAUUCUCCUUCCUCUCCCACUCUCUCUCCAUCCGCUUCACUAAUCAGGUCAACUUCCUCAUCAACUGCCCACCCGACCCCGUCAUCGUCUCCCCCGACUAUGUGUCUCACCUUCUCGAGCGCGGGUUUGCACUCAACACCAUUGGGAACCGGCUCUUCUACGCCGCGCUGCCCCUGCUGCUCUGGAUAUUCGGCCCUGUCCUCGUCUUCCUCUGCUUCGUAACGUUGGUCCCCGUGCUUUAUAAUUUGGACUUCGUGUUUGCUUCUGAUCUUCAGGGCAAAUCAGGCCGCCAUGGUGGUGGCGAUCAAUAUCUUAUUUAA